CGAGGCUUCGGCGAAUCGCGGCGCGCAAAACGUUCCACUUUCUGCAUGCCAUUGCAGGCAUUUCUUUUCCACUGCUACCAGCGAAGUUCAAGUUGCCCAUCUUCAAUUAGCCUCCACGAUAGCCACAUUAUGCUGCUACGAUGAUACAACUCAAGGUUUAUCCUUCUUGAACUGUAUGGGACUUCAUUGCUGACCCUGCGCAGACGCUCCUCAAUUGCAUCGACAACUCCGGAGCCGCCGUCGUGGAAUGUGUCCAGGUCAUGAGGAAAAAGACCCAGCACGCACGGAUAGGUGACCGAAUCAUCGUUGUCGUGCAAAAACAGAGAUCCUUUGGCGCCGACAACCCGGGCGGAUCGAGUCUGGGAAUUGCGAACAAGGUCCGAAGAGGCGACAUCCGGCAUGCCGUCGUAGUGCGAGCAAAGAAGGAGAUACAACGAAAAGAUGGCAGCUUGAUCAGAUUUGAUGACAACGCAUGUGUCCUUAUCAACAGAAACGGAGACCCCAUCGGUACUCGCCUGUCGAGCAUGGUGGGCGCUGAGCUGCGAGACAAGAAAUGGUCCAAAAUUCUUUCACUGGCGCCUUUGCAUAUCUAAGGAAACGCAGCAUCGCUCGAGCGGUAGCAUGUACAAAGAUUGAGGAAGUUGGUGUUCAAGAUACCCUUGUGUAGUCAAAAAGCAAAAUGUAGGAAUAUGGAAGUCGUAUGCGAAAUAAAACAGUCAAUUCUGCGACAGUACAAUGC